CUAUCGGUAACGCUUAAAGCUUAACGAUUCUAUCGAUAGCUGGCAACUAUCGAUAUUAUCGAUAAUUAUCGAUAGGUUUCCCAUCCCUAUAUUCAUUAUAUUUCUGAACAGAAGCAAAAGCAAGUGCGUUAGCUUAUGUCCAGUUUAAAGUACAGUUUUCAGUGCUUAGUGCGGUUAAGUGAUAUUCUUACGAUGGGCAAAACUCGCUCAAAAUACGUUUCUGCUGCUGCAAAAAGACUGCAGGCAGCGGCGAAUGACAAAAAAUUUAAUGUUUUCAGCGGAUUCACAGGCUGAAAAUGUAUUUGUUUCCGAGAAGAAAAGUGGAGCAACGAACAAAAUGGCUACCAAGAUUGAUUCUCCAGAACCGACUGGCUCUUCAAAAAUGAAGCACGAAUUGAGAAAACAUGAAAAAGUAGCAUUGAGCCGUCGACAGUUAUAUUCCUCAGUUAGGGUUGAUUUAUUUUUGCUAAUUGCCAGUUUUAAACGUGCUUUUUUUGUAUAAACUACGCAAAACACGAUUCAAAAGAAUAUAUUGAUUUCGAGAAAAGCAAAAAAAUGGUGGUAGCCCCAACAGAUAAUGAAUUCAAACCUACACCUAAAUUCAAAAAUUCUGGAACAUCCGUACCGAAGAAGCUGGAAUCCGAACUUCGUCAAACAACAGUUCCGAGACAAUUUGUUUCACCCGAGAUUUCUCCCCACAAACAACAAAAUAAAGAUAAAACUGAUUUGGCUGAUGAAUCCAUGAUGAGCAAUGACUCAGUUGACCUGUUGACCAACACUGACAGUGAUACUGGAGCAGAGAAUCAAACGGCUGGACUGAUAUGUUGCCCUUUGAAAAUAUGGCUUAACAUCAUGGUGAAGCAAACCAAUCAAAAAUGGAUCGCCUGAUUAGACAGAACACAGUUUUAAAAAGACAAAACAACAAACUUAAUGGAUGGAUCGCAUUUUCAGGUUAACUGACAUUCUCAAUGCUAAAGUUUGCGGGGAGCCAACGGACAUGAUUUUCACGGAAGUGUUUGGGUACCCCGAGCUCUCUCGGGCGAUUCUCGGAGGCCGCAACGAGCGACUGCAUUUUCGUAAAGCUAUUGAUGAAGGAGCUGUGGCCAAUAGGCUUUAAAAAUAGAUCAGUAAGUGGCCGUGGUUCAAAUAACCCGCGUGGCUGCCCAUCUCAAAAAACUACUGUUACAGAGGCAGAACAGGUGUCACGACGCGAGCCACUGACACCUGAAAAGGUUAAAUACGUAAAAGAUCGUUUGAUUGAACAUCGAGUAUUUCUAGGAGAUCCUCCCGCGAUUGCCAAGCAGCGAGCAGAUGAAUGUGGCCGACUAAUGACUCGCGUAGUAUCGUACUAUGGUGCUACAUAAGUAAUCUAAUGUUACUGUAUCCUGGAACUGGAGUUUUCCUAAGGAUAAUUGGCAUUGAUAUUACCUUAUUUGUAAACAAGUCUGCAAUGAAUCUAACUUUAAUAUUGCUAUAUUUAAU